GGUGUCUGUGUACUGUGUAUGUGUGUGUGCACGCCCCUGAGACAGAGAGAAGACAGAGGUCCAACAGCAGCUUCAGCAGCAGGGAGAGGCUGGCAGGAUGAGCACUUCUCCCUGACAGCACUUUGCUCUAACCCAGACAUGCACCCAAACAAACAGUUUCUGCAAGGAUCCUUUAGCACUGGCAGGCUAAGCAGACUCACUUGUAGGUUGCAUGGACCUCUGGUGUAUAUAUGUAUGUGUCUCUCUAUAGAACACAGUGCAUGAUUCCUAUCAUUGUAACAUGCAUGCCUGUUUGUGAUUCUGAGCUUUCCACUGCGUGCACACAUAAGAGGAUUUAAAGGAGUGCUGGUGGGGGUGAGCAGGCAAGCACCAAGCAGGAGAAAAAACAAAAAAAUCUUUUAGCACUUUUAUUCCCCCGCCUGCUUUUGUACUCUGAUCUUAGCUUUUGCCAUUGUGACCUGGGGAAGGUGAGACAGGAUUACUUUUACUAUCAGUUCUUGGCUGUCCUGUAUCCCUGGAAGUUGGGAUGCUGUGCCCAGGACUGUGAGGAAGCAGAGGUGCUGAUACAGAGGAGAGAGAUCCCCUAUCACUGAGUGAGUGUGAGUGAUUGAGAGGGAGGUUGUGUCUGCUGCCUCCUGUACUCUAGUGGAGAGCGCAUGGUGCAUCUGCUGGUGGAUCCAUUCAUUAUUUGGCUGGACGGAGACAGGACUAGACGAGUCACAGACCUGGAGCUACUCCUCUUCUGCACUGGAUUACAUCUUCAGGAGAGGAGGAGGAGGAAGGAGGAAGGAGAGCAAGACUUGGAGCAGAGGGAUUCUGACUGAGCAGCUGCAGAUUGGGAGAAGACAGCAUGUGCAGGCUGUAAAAAUACUGCAUUGAAACAUCGAAGUGACCAGACACUGUUUGGCUGCUGAGCUGGUGAAAUCAAGGCUUUCUAAGCAUGCAGGUGCCAAUCUGUCAGAUGAUGAGCCUAGCCAAGCACAUAGCGGUUCUUCUGUGCUUCCUACUUCGUGCUGAUGCCGAUACCCCACCAAGAUUUACAAGAAGCCCCGUUGAUCAAACAGGUGUUUCAGGCGGAGUAGCAUCUUUUAUCUGCCAAGCUACUGGAGAUCCAAGACCCAAAAUUGUUUGGAAUAAAAAGGGGAAGAAAGUCAGCAAUCAGAGAUUUGAGGUAAUAGAAUUUGAUGAUGGAUCAGGUUCUGUACUUAGAAUACAACCAUUACGUACACCAAGAGAUGAGGCUAUAUAUGAAUGUGUUGCCUCCAACAGUGUUGGAGAAGUUAGUGCGACCACCAAGCUCGUAGUUUUACGGGAGGACCAAAUUCCACGAGGUUUUCCUACUAUAGAUAUGGGCCCUCAAUUAAAGGUGGUUGAACGUACACGCACAGCCACCAUGUUAUGCGCAGCCAGUGGAAACCCUGACCCUGAAAUAAGUUGGUUCAAAGAUUAUUUGCCAGUAGAUACCAGCAACAGCAAUGGACGGAUCAAACAAUUACGAUCAGGUGGUACACCAAUAAGAGGUGCACUACAAAUUGAGCAGAGUGAAGAAUCUGACCAGGGCAAAUAUGAGUGUGUCGCUACCAACAGUGCCGGAACGCGCUAUUCUGCUCCAGCAAAUCUAUAUGUAAGAGUUCGACGAGUUGCACCAAGAUUUUCUAUUCCACCAACGAAUCAUGAGAUCAUGCCUGGUGGAAGUGUUAAUAUCACUUGUGUAGCAGUGGGAUCACCAAUGCCCUAUGUGAAAUGGAUGUUGGGUGCUGAAGACCUAACUCCUGAGGAUGACAUGCCAAUUGGAAGAAAUGUUCUUGAACUUACUGAUGUCAGACAGUCGGCCAAUUAUACAUGUGUUGCCAUGUCUACUCUUGGUGUUAUAGAAGCAAUUGCACAGAUAACUGUAAAAGCCUUACCUAGACCUCCUGGAACUCCUAUGGUGACUGAAAGCACUGCUACUAGCAUCACAUUGACUUGGGAUUCUGGUAAUCCAGAGCCUGUCUCGUACUAUAUAAUCCAACACAAACCGAAAAGCUCAGAGGAACAAUAUAAAGAAAUUGAUGGUGUAGCUACAACACGAUAUAGUGUUGCAGGCCUGAGCCCAUACUCAGAAUAUGAAUUUAAGAUUGUUGCUGUUAAUAACAUUGGAAGGGGCCCUCCCAGUGAGCCAGUUAUGACAAGGACAGCAGAACAAGCACCAUCAAGUGCCCCUCGGAAUGUGCAGGCACGGAUGCUAAGCUCAACCACUAUUUUAGUUCAGUGGGAAGAACCAGAAGAACCAAAUGGACAGAUCCAAGGUUAUCGUGUAUAUUAUACAAUGGAUCCUACUCAACAUAUUAACAGCUGGUCAAAACAUAAUGUAGCAGAGAGUCAAAUUACCACAAUAGGAAGUUUGGUACCUCAAAAAACAUACUCUGUUAAGGUCCUUGCUUUUACAUCAGUUGGAGAUGGGCCACUUUCUAAUGAAAUACAAGUCAUCACUCAAACUGGAGUUCCUAGUCAGCCACUAAACUUCAAGGCUGAAGCAGAGUCAGAAACCAGCAUUCUCCUUAGCUGGAGCCCACCUCGGUCAGAUACUAUAGCAAAUUAUGAGCUGUACUAUAAGGAAGGGGAACAUGGAGAGGAGCAAUUGGAUACCAUCCAACCAGCCACCACAUAUCGUCUGCAAGGACUGAAGCCCAACAGCUUGUACUAUUUCCGCUUAGCUGCUCGUGCUCCAUUGGGUCUUGGCGCCUCUACUGCUGAAAUCACUGCUAGAACAUUGCAGUCAAAACCAUCAGCCCCUCCACAAGACAUAAGAUGUAACAGCCAAAGCUCUACCAGCAUCUUGGUAAGUUGGCUACCUCCUCCGGUGGAAAACCAGAAUGGCAUUAUCACGGGUUAUACCAUCAAAUACAUGUUGCUGGAUGGAGAAGAUAACAAGCCCCAUGAAAUUAUGGGCAUUUCCUCGGACAUUAAUCAGUACCUUUUGGAACACCUGGAGAAAUGGACACAAUAUCAAAUCUCUAUGAUCGCUUACACUGAUGUCGGACCUGGUCCAGAGAGUGUUCCAAUAUUGAUUCGGACCGAUGAAGAUGUUCCUAGUGGUCCUCCUCGCAAAGUCGAGGUAGAGGCUGUGAACUCCACAUCUGUUAAAGUAUCCUGGCGUUCACCUGUGUCCAACAAGCAGCAUGGUCAAAUCCGAGGGUACCAGGUGCAUUAUGUGAGGAUGGAGAAUGGAGAACCCAAAGGACAACCCAUGCUGAAGGAUGUUAUGCUGGCUGAUGCACAGUGGCAAUAUGAUGAUACAGCUGAACAUGAAAUGAUCAUCUCUGGACUGCAGCCUGAAACAGCAUACUCCAUCACUGUCACCGCUUAUACCACAAAAGGAGAUGGAGCUCGAAGCAAGCCGAAAGUUGUGUCUACAAGUGGUGCAGUUCCAGGUAAACCACGACUUGUUGUUAGCCACACUCAAAUGAACACUGCUCUUAUUCAAUGGUAUUCUCCAGUAGAGACAUUUGGCCCUAUCUUGGGUUAUCAUUUGAAGUAUGGUCGCAAAGACUUGGACAUGCUUACAACUCGAGAGUUUACAGAAAAGGAGGAGUUCUUUACAGCUACUGAAAUCCACAAAGGAGCCUCCUAUGUGUUUAAACUAUCAGCCAGAAACAAAGUGGGAUAUGGGGAAGAGAAUGUGCAAGAAAUUAAUAUUCCUGAAGAUGUACCAAGUGGAUACCCUCAAAACCUGCAAUGUGAAAGCACCUCCUCAAUGUCAGCACACAUCAUUUGGCAGCAUCCCAGCUUAGCAGAAAGAAAUGGAUUAAUCACAAAAUAUAUUCUGCUCUACAGAGAUAUUAAUCUUCCAUACCAUCCAGUUGAAGUACCCAUUGCUUCUGCGGACACAACUGUGACUAUUAGUAGUUUAAAGCCUGAUACCAUUUAUGAUGUUAAAAUUCGUGCAUAUACAAGCAAAGGUCCUGGCCCUUUUAGUCCAAGUGUCCAAUUCAGGACACUUCCAGUAGAUCAAGCAGUGUUUGCAAAAAAUUUCCGUGUGAAAGCUGUGAUGAAAACGUCAGUGUUGCUGUCAUGGGAAAUACCUGAGAAUUACAACUCUGCCUUGCCCUUUAAAAUUUUAUAUGAUGAUGGUAAAAAGGCUGUUGAAGUUGAGGGUGAGGCAACAGAGAAGCGGAUUUUACAUCUCAAGCCUGAAACAUCGUACUCUUUUGUCCUUACUAAUCGAGGAAAUAGCGCAGGUGGUCUACAGCACAGAGUGACUGCACAAACAGCUCCUGACGUCCUGCAAACCAAGCCAGUUUUUAUUGGAAAAACAAAUUCUGAUGGCAUGAUAACUGUGGAACUGCCUGAAGUCCCUGCAAAUGAAAAAAUAAAAAGCUAUUAUAUAGUAAUUGUCCCUUUGAAGAAAUCACGUGGAAAGUUUGUUAAGCAGUGGAAUAGCCCAGACGAGAUGGAAUUGGAUGAGUUGCUGAAGGAAAUUUCACGAAAAAGGAGGAGUAUUCUUUUUAAGAGAGAAGCUGAAAUGAAGCCAUAUAUAGCUGCCCAGUUUGAUGUGCUACCAACAGAGUUUACCUUAGGAGAUCAGAAACAGUAUGGUGGCUUUGAAAAUAAACAACUCCAAAAUGGACAAGAAUAUGUAUUCUUUGUUCUAGCAGUUAUAGAGCAUUCUGAAUCGAAAAUGUACGUUACUAGCCCUUACUCUGAUCCAGUUGUUUCAAUGGAACUUGACCCCCAGCCAAUGACAGAUGAAGAAGAAGGUUUAAUAUGGGUAGUUGGACCUGUUCUUGCUGUGGUGUUCAUUAUCUGUAUUGUUAUUGCAAUACUCCUUUAUAAGAGCAGUAAACCAGACAGAAAAAGGACAGAAUCGGACUCUAGAAAGAGCAGCUUACCAAACAAUAAAGAGAUCCCAUUGCAUCACCCCACUGACCCUGUGGAGCUUAGACGUCUUAACUUCCAAACUCCAGGUUCAGGUGUCUCCGGUUACCCUGGUAACCUUCAUUCCUCAAGUAUGGCAAGCCAUCCGCCUAUUCCCAUCCUGGAACUUGCAGAUCACAUUGAGAGACUGAAAGCUAAUGACAAUUUAAAGUUUUCUCAAGAAUAUGAGUCUAUUGACCCAGGACAGCAGUUUACAUGGGAGCACUCAAACCUGGAAGUUAAUAAACCAAAGAAUAGAUAUGCUAAUGUCAUUGCAUAUGAUCACUCACGUGUUCUGCUCUCAGCAAUUGAAGGGAUACCAGGAAGUGACUAUAUCAAUUCCAACUACAUUGAUGGUUACAGGAAACAGAAUGCCUAUAUUGCUACGCAAGGACCUCUUCCUGAAACCUUUGGAGAUUUCUGGAGAAUGAUGUGGGAGCAGCGUAGCGCUACUGUGGUAAUGAUGACAAAGCUGGAAGAGAGGUCCAGGAUAAAAUGUGAUCAGUAUUGGCCCAGCAGAGGGACGGAAACAUAUGGCCUAAUCCAGGUGACGCUGCUGGAUACUGUUGAACUUGCAACUUACUGUGUCAGGACAUUUGCACUUUAUAAGAAUGGAUCCAGUGAGAAGAGAGAAGUAAGACAGUUCCAGUUUACUGCUUGGCCAGAUCAUGGAGUUCCAGAACACCCCACGCCUUUCCUAGCAUUUUUGAGACGAGUUAAAACUUGUAAUCCGCCAGAUGCAGGGCCGAUGGUUGUUCAUUGCAGUGCUGGAGUUGGCAGAACAGGUUGCUUCAUUGUAAUAGAUGCAAUGUUGGAAAGAAUACGACAUGAAAAGACUGUAGAUAUUUAUGGUCAUGUAACUUUAAUGAGAGCGCAGAGGAAUUACAUGGUUCAAACAGAGGAUCAAUAUAUCUUUAUCCAUGAUGCACUGCUGGAGGCGGUGACAUGUGGAAAUACCGAAGUGCCAGCUAGAAACCUGUAUGCAUAUAUUCAGAAGCUGACACAAAUAGAAACUGGAGAGAAUGUAACGGGAAUGGAGUUAGAGUUUAAGCGUCUCGCUAGUUCAAAAGCUCACACUUCAAGAUUUAUCAGUGCCAAUCUUCCAUGUAAUAAAUUCAAAAAUCGCCUUGUUAAUAUUAUGCCAUAUGAAUCUACAAGGGUAUGUCUACAGCCAAUCCGUGGUGUAGAAGGGUCCGACUAUAUCAACGCAAGCUUUAUAGAUGGGUACAGACAACAGAAAGCCUAUAUAGCUACACAGGGACCCCUUGCAGAAACUACAGAAGAUUUCUGGCGAAUGCUAUGGGAACACAACUCCACCAUUGUUGUUAUGUUGACAAAACUUCGAGAAAUGGGCAGAGAAAAAUGCCACCAGUACUGGCCAGCUGAACGUUCUGCACGAUACCAGUACUUUGUUGUUGACCCCAUGGCGGAAUAUAAUAUGCCACAAUAUAUAUUAAGGGAAUUUAAAGUCACAGAUGCCAGGGAUGGUCAAUCUCGAACAGUGCGACAGUUUCAGUUCACUGAUUGGCCAGAACAAGGAGUGCCAAAGUCAGGAGAAGGAUUUAUCGAUUUCAUAGGACAAGUACAUAAAACAAAAGAACAAUUCGGUCAGGAUGGUCCAAUCUCUGUUCACUGCAGUGCUGGUGUUGGAAGAACUGGUGUCUUCAUAACCCUGAGCAUUGUAUUAGAAAGAAUGAGAUAUGAGGGUGUCGUAGAUAUCUUCCAGACUGUCAAAAUGUUGAGAACACAGCGACCUGCUAUGGUACAAACAGAGGAUCAGUAUCAGUUCUGCUACCGAGCGGGACUUGAGUAUUUGGGCAGUUUUGAUCACUAUGCAACGUAGAAGUUCUUGCCCAUUCUGGAAUUUUCCUGCAGGCCCUUCAAGAUCCAGAGAGCCUCUUCUGAGCCAUACAGUGUGCUUGAGAAGUAUUUCUUAACUCCUAGCUAAAGACCAAUUACAGUAAUUGGAUUAUUACAAAAAAUAAAUAAAUAAAAAUAAAUAAAAAGAAUAAAAAAACAUUUCUGGGUGGACCAAGGAUUCACAAUAAAAAAAAACAAAAAACUUACCCUUAAAAUUAUAUCAGUCCUGACUGGUGGGACAUCAAAAGGAUUCAUUUCACCAACAUGUCCCAUGGACUCUGCAUCAGUUGGCAUUGAAAGAAAGAAGAUUGCAAAGAACCAUUAACUUACCGGGAAUUGCAUGAUUGUUCAAAGAUGAAUCUUAGGAGUACAACUGCUCAGUGCAAAAUGUUUAACAAGCCAGUUAAUGGCUUCUUAGACAAAUGGAACAUUUGCUUUGAUAUCAACCCUACUCUCCAUAAUGAUCAUGAAAUCAUGUUAGUGAAAGCGAAUGGGCGGGAAGUGUUUAUUACAAAAAGAAUCAUUUAUUUAGUUUUUUAGUAUUGUAAAGAUACUGCUGACCUGUGCUUCAUUAUUAACUGUGUAAACUUUCGUUUUCCUUUUUUUUUUUUUUUUAAACAAAGUUUAUAAGGAAGUGAAUAAAACAUUGCAUAACUGUUAAUUUUUGAUCAAGAAUUUUUUUUUUUUUUAAAUGGUAGAACUGUUACAUGUACUAUUUCUCGUUACAAAUACUAAAACAUUUGCAACUUUGGCAUCUAACAAUAUAUUACUUUAUCAUUUCUUUGUUUUCUUUUGCUAUUUUACCCAUUUUUACUAUAAUAAUAUUUGUUAUGAGUUAAACAAAGAAGCUUUUUUCAUGUUCUGUUUGGAAUCAACAGGGAGGCGCAAAGUAUAAAGCUGCUACAAACAUAACAUAUAAAUAUAUAUAUAUAUACAUAUAUAGAGAUACACAUAUAUCUGUUCUUCCAUAGUUUAUUUUUUGUUAAUCGUGUAGGAUUUUUUCCCCCCAAAAAAACUCAUCAUGUGUCAUCCACCUCAUUUCAGUAAGAAUGUUUGAAUUUAACAAGUCUGUUUGAUUUCUUUUAUUCAUAAAAUAAACAAGGAAUGCACAUCAGUGAUAUUCUAGGUUCACCCCAAAAUUAUUGAAUGAAACACAAACAGGUAAUAAUGCAUCUUCAACAAUGUAUGUACUUUGUUGAGGCUUCCACUGCAGUCCAAUAUUUUUAACACUUUAGUGCAAUAAAAAACAUCUUGUAUAUUUUGCAGGAAAUGUGCUCGUGAGAAAGUAUAGUGCUUACUGAAGGAGAUUGUAAAAUAUGUUUUAAAAAAAUCAUGCAAAUUGUACCCAAUCAUUUAUUGUCUGUGGUAUAUUAUAUCAAUGUCAGUUGUAUGAUAUGUAAAAAAGAAAAAAACAAACAAACAGAAAACAAGGGCAAAGCCAAAAAUUAAUGCUCUGCUUAAUGAAAAUAAUUUUGUCACAGCAGGUUUUAAAUGCUGUAUUUUCUUUUUUUUUUGCAUUUAGAGUGCCUUAUAUUUAAUGCUUUUUCAAUAAUAUUUCUUUGAGCUUUGAUUGGUCUGUAUUCACAUAAUACCCCAUUACUUAAUUUUACUUAUGAAAAAAAAUAAAAAAAUAGGAAUUAUUGUUUAAUAUUUUGCCAAUGCCGCACCUAUGUGCGGUGUGCACUAUUUUCUUUACUGAUAUCAGUAUGCAGAAGACUAUUAUUCUUCCAAAAAUGUAAAACUUAUAUCUGUUAUCACCGAGUUUCAGUAUUUAUCUGUACUAUAGUUUAUACACUCAUGUGACUCCAAAAAACAUAUUUUUUUGGUUUUCUGUUGUGCUAUGUGCUUCAUGCUAUAUAUACAUUAUGUUCAUGUAAGACAUUUUAAUCCUGGAACACAUUUAUACAGCACAGUAUUUUUCAUGGGCACUUUAUUAAGCCUUUCAUGACCAACAGCAUGUCAGACCGGCCACCAUAAAAAGGGAUUUGUCCAAGUGUGGUCUUGAAGGGGUUAAAUAUAAUUUAACUGUUUAUGUUCAAUCAGAUAUUUUACCUUCUAUAUUAGUUUAACACCAUCAAAUGUAACAUUGUCAUAAAAAAGCAUAGUUAAAAUUAAGAAUACGGCUAUGUUUUAUGUUUUUUUUCUUUGGUGUAUGCUUGGAGGCCAUUUUGAAAAUGAAACUCUACUAAGGAUUGUGUUAGAGCACUUUCAUUGUAACUCACAAUACUAAUAAUGGAAGGCUACCUCGGAUUCUAAAAAUUAUAUUAAAAAAGUAAACAUGCACUACUUUACUACAAUAUUUUUUCUCAUCGUUAAACAUCUGUAUAUAUAUAUAUAUAUAAUAGUGUUGAAAAUCAUUUGUAAAGGAAAUAUAUAUUCACAAAUAUAUGAAAAGUCAUCUUCAUUAGUACAUUUUACCAAUUAUCAUAUUUUUCCUAUUUUUCUAUUCACACAUUAAAAUGAAUAAAAAUGCAUUGUGUUUAAAUCCCCAUUUACAUAUUCCAACCUAUCUUGCAUCUUUAAUGUAGGGAAGUGUGUUACAAUCAUUGAUGUGCAUUCCACUUUCUGUUUAUUAUUUGUAUUGUCAUGCUACUUAUUUUAUAAAAGCAUCCUUUUCUGCAAAAAAAACAUCUUAGGCAGAAAAUUCAUAUUUUACGCAUUAUUGGCACGGUGCUAUUAUUUACCUAUAUCAGUGUAGUUAUGUAUAAUUUUGUAAUUAGAACAUUGAAAAAACAUAUAUAAACAUGAUUUGUACAGAACUUCAUUUUAGUUCUUUAUUUUUUAUUUUAUUUUUGUUUUCUUUUUUUAUUGACCUGCAUGGUUGAGUUUUGGAGAAGAUGGCUGGGAGGAUUGCCCUCUGGGGAGAAUUGCACUUUCUAAACCUUUGUACUAUGCACUGCCCUAUUGAUUCUACACCCAAUAAUGUUAUUACUUGAACCCAUCUUUAAAAAAAUGCUAUGAAAUUCACCUGUGUGUGUCUGUUUGUGUGUAAAUAACACAAUACCUUUAAAGAGACAAAAUUAGUUUUGUGUUGAGAAAAGUGCAGAUGGUAUAUUUUUCCCCAGAUUGUUCCCUUUUGAUGACAGAGGGACCUAUAAUAAUAGAGUGAAGCCUUGAUGGCACCUAAAGUGUUAUUACUCUGAUACUCCAAAAACCCUACUAAAGUCUGCUGAUUCCAUCUUUUACAUACUUUUUGUGGCUUUGCCAUCCAAGCUUGGGGUGUCUUUACAACGAUAAUACAAAUUGUGUUCUUUGCUCUCGUUUUGGAUGCAUAGACUGAAAAAAAAUAUAUUUAAAAAAAUAAACUUGUAAAAUGGCUUGUUAAAAAUACAAUUACCUCUACUUAGUAGUACGCGUAAAUGUUUUACAAGAUGAAAGGCGUGCUUUUUAUUUUCUUACUUCGUUACAUUGGUGGCGAAAGAAGUCUGUCUGAAAAUCAGUUCUUUGCUGACACAAGUUCCCUUUGUUACAAAUGAAUUCUAAUAAAAUGUCAGUGUUAUGCAGUCUU